AUGGCUGAAACACACGGCGAAUGCGACCCCGCGUUCAACUCUGUCCGCGAGCUCUUGGCAAAGCAAGUCGCCAGUGAAUCCGAAGUCGGCGCAUCCAUCUGUGUAAACAUUGAUGGCAAAAAUGUCAUCGAUAUCUGGAGUGGCCAUGCAGACCCUGAGCGCACUAAGCCAUGGGACAAAGACACUCUGGCGGCCGUUUGGUCCUGCUCCAAGGUGGUCACCAACAUUGCAGCCCUGGUCCUAGUCGAUCGCGGCUUACUCGACCUGAACGAAAAGGUCUCCAAGUACUGGCCUGAAUUUGCAGCCAACGGGAAAGAGAAUAUCAAGGUGUCUCACAUCAUGAGCCAUUCUUCCGGUGUGGCGGGCUGGGAGCCGGCUAUCACUUGGGAAGAAGUCUACGAUACCAAAAAGUCAACAGAUUGGCUUGCGGCACAAGCUCCCUGGUGGACUCCUGGUGAACAUAGUGGGUAUCACGUUACGUGUCAGGGUCAUCUGCUGGGUGAAAUCAUCCGACGGAUCAGCGGGAAGUCGCUGAAGCAGUUUAUUGCCGAUGAGAUUGCUGGUCCUCUAGGUGCGGAGUUCACUCUUGGACUGCCUGAAAAGGAUUGGCCUCGUGCUGCAGUGCCCAUUGCUCCCCCUCCUCUACCGCUACACAUGCUGGAGCCAGCAAGUGUUCCAGCAAAGGCAUUCGCAGGACCACCUCCCAGUGCUGAGGAAUCAACGACUCCCGAGUUCAGAGCUGCAGAGAUUGGUGCAUCAAAUGGCUUCGGCAAUGCGCGUGCCCUGGCUCGCAUCGGCUCCGUGGUUGCGUUGAACGGCAGUGUCGAUGGCAAGCAGUACCUCUCUCCGGAGGUUAUUGAGCGCAUGCUCGAGGAGCAGAUUAGUGGAAUAGAUCUAGUUCUGGGAAUCUAUCAUCGUUUCGGUCUUGGUGUCGGACUUCCUUCGCCCAAGACUGUCACAUGGCUUCCAGAGGGACGGAUUUGCUUCUGGGGCGGAUGGGGCGGGUCGAUCAUAAUCAUGGAUCGCGAUCGUCGGAUGACUAUCAGUUAUACCAUGAACAAGAUGGGAGCCGGUACUUUGGGCAAUGAGAACACUGAGCUCUUCGUGCAGGAAAUUUAUAAGGUCGUGAAUGCUCUUUAG